AUGCUCCGCCGCAUAGCAGCCCUCCGGCCGCCGCCGCGGGCGGCCGCACCGGUGGGGGCGAUUGCGGCGCCCUAUUCCUCCAAGUCCACGUCCAUCCCUCAGAAGCAGCAGCGCGUCCGAGACCAUGCCUUCGACGGCAUCAUGGAGGUCCAGAAGCGCGUCCGCCGCUUCCACGCCCUCUACUCCCUCCUCCUCUACGCCGCCGCCCCCACCGUACCGUCCCGCGCCGGCGGAAGCGGCGCCGUGUCCGUCCCCUUCACCCGCCUCGGCGCCCUCGCGCGCCGCCAGCUCCGCCUCGCGCCCCUCGACGCUGGCCGCUUCCUCCUGCGCCACGCGCACGCCUUCCACCUCUUUCUCCACCCCGUCCACCGCAUGCUCCACAUCCGCCUCACCCCACGCGCAGCAGCGGCGCUCGGCGCUGAGGCCGACGACAUCGCCGCCGCGCUCCCCGGCGCCUCCGUCCUACGCCUCCGCAAGCUCCUCCUCCUUGCACCCCCGCACCGCCGUCUCCGCCUCGAGCACAUCCACCUCCUCCGCCGCGACCUCGGUCUCCCAGACGAUUUCGCCGAAUCUAUCAUCCAGUCCAACCCAUCCCUCUUCCGCCUCACCCCUGACGGCUUCGUCGAAUUCCUGCCGUCCCCCACCGACCCGCCCGACCUCACCGUCGCUGCCGUAGAGCGCGCUCGGGAGCGCCACUACCGCGAGCACCGCGCCCCCGGCUCCGCCGAGGAGGACGCGCGUUUCGCGUUCCCCAUUCGUUUCCCGCCAGGGUUUAAGAUCGGCAAGUACUUCCGGAUCGCUGUGUGGAAAUGGCAACGGCUCCCCUACGCUUCACCCUAUGCAGACGUCACGGGCCAUGACCUGCGCUCGCUUGAGGCACAACGCCGCAUGGAGAAGCGCGCGGUCGCUGCUGUCCAUGAGCUUCUCUCGCUCACAGUUGAGAAGCGCACCACAUUGGAGCGCCUUGCGCUGUUCCGCGACGCACUCGGUGUGCCCAAGAAGAUCAAGGAGUUCUUGCUGAAGUACCAGGGCAUAUUUUACAUAUCCACGAGGGGGAAUCAGGGGAAGCUGCAUACAGUGUUCCUCAGGGAGGCAUAUUACAAAGGGGAACUUGUUGAGACAAAUGCAAUACAUGAUGCAAGACGGAAGCUGGAGGAGCUGCUCAUGAUCAGCCCACAGAGGGCGAAUUUGGACAGAAUGUUCACCAGCAUGGGUCGUGGGUGGGAUCAACUUGGUGGCGGCCGCCGUGGUGGAUCUGAACUGAGGGAUGAGUUUCUUGGCGAUGGAGGUGGCCAGAAAAAGAAUGCUGACGCUUAUGGUGCUGAGAGUGGAGACGACUCGGGUGUUGAAUCACUGUACAUCGAGUGA